AUGGCUAGGAGAACGUUUAUGAUUGUGAUCACAUGUGUUUCCAUUUUACUCACAAUGACAAUGGCUGAGUCUAAUGAUACGUCGAGCUCGGCUCAACAGGACAAUACAGUUUCAGAUUCAGGGGCUGAUGAAAAAUCAUCUUUAGAAAAAGGCGUAUCAACAUUGUACGAUGAUAUAAUGCAUGGAUUUAUUGACGCAACAAUGCCUGGUCAGUUCUUCUCUGAUGCUGACCCGGGACCGAUUACCUACAAAGACUUAAACAGAAUCAUAAAGAAUGGGACAUAUAGUGAACUACAGGACCGAUGGCAGGACUUGGCAAAGGUUUUUGGUGGUUUGGCAGCCUGUAUCAUCAUAGGUCUAAUGUUCAUUGUAUUUAUGCCCAUAUUUGGAUGUGUUUGGUGCUGUGCCUAUUGCUGUUGUAAAACAUGUGGAAAAUCCAAGUCAAAAAUGGACCCCAACAGAGCCAAGUGCCAACGAGUUGUCUUCGCCACCUUGCUUUUUGUGUUCACCACAUUUAUGUUGUAA